CUAAUGAUAUUUAUGUCGAUUCAUUCUUUACAUUCAAAAUUCAUAUUAUUUGAUGAUAACCUGAAACUUAAAACUCUUCUUGGAAGUAUCCAAGUUCCGAACACGAAUUACAAUUGAAUAUUAUUAAAGUACCGUAAUACAUGCGAGAAUCAAUCAUUAUUGCAUAUAGUGUAGAGUAAAUAUUUAUGCAUUCGAAAGUUUCUAAGAAACGAGAGAAUUGUUAAUGGCAGAGCCGAACCGGACGGGGAACAGUGAAUUAUUAAUUACACCGGAAGGUCCUGUUCGCGUUAAAAUAUUUGUAAGAUGUCAGGACGUCGGUUUAAUCAUACGUGGCUAUAUCCAUAUAUCGAUUGUCUCGAUAGGGGUCAGUAGUAGAUAGUCGUGCUUUACCUGUCAGCCUGACAUAUUGUAGUUUCUUCUACUUUUCUAUUCGUUUCAUGUUCGGGUUCUGUUUUUUCUAAAUAAGUAAUUUUUCCUAUUUCGGAUAUGAUAGCACUACCACUUUCCUAAAAAGAUCCCAUUGAAAAUAAUAAAUUAUCAAUAUGAAACACCAACAGAUUUCGAUCGAUUUUGUAAGUAUGGUGUUUACUGCUUGUUCGUAUUUGGCUCUUGCUGGGGCAGUUUGGAUAUUCUUACGACUCAUUCAGGCGUGUUUUUGGCUCCCGCGACAUUUGCAAAGACAAAAUGAUGUGCAGCGUAUGCUUCAGGAUAAGGUCGAAAAUUAUGAAAAGUAUAUACUGGAGUGCGAGGAAAAAGAAAAAUGUGAACAAGAAGCACGUGGCGAGGACGCCAACAUAGAUCCUGUACAAGCAGAGAAAUGGAAGGAACGUAGAGAAUGUCUGGAGAUGUUGAAGAGAGAAUUAAGCAAGGUGCGAGACAGUGGUGACAAGUCGUACGACUGGGACUACCUUUUAGAGGACGAAGAAACAAAGGACGAGGGGGUGACCAUUACAGAAAUUCAAGACGAGAACGACGCUAAGAGCGAACGUAACAAUAAAAUGGACGCCGCCACAAAAAUCACCAACAAAAUGUUAGAUUCAGAGCGCAAGAAAGAAAAAUAGUUCCCGUACCGCCUCUGUAAUAACAUUCACGAAAAAAAAAAAAUAAUUUAUUUCAUCAAGUUAAGCAUUUACAAAUAUCAGAAUCGAUGAAUCGAAUUUUGUUUCGUGAUAGCAAAAGCGGGCAAAUUUUGUUCUCAAACAACGAAUAGAAAUGUUAGAAUUACUCGUAAACUAGAUUUUGGCCUUUGUUCGUGUGAAUAUUUAUUUAUAGACUUAAUUAUGGUUGUAUGUAUGUAUGAUUUUUCAACGACUAGAUUUAUAAGUAGUUUUCAUAGAUACCUUUCAUCUACAUAGCCACUUGAUAGUGAGGCACCAUCGAUUUAAUAAUUAAU